CUUGGAAGGAAGCCGCCUUUCCAAAAGGUAGCAGAGGCGAGGCAGGGCAGGGCGCUUUGGCCACUCACUGGCCUCUUCCUCCCUCUUUGCGCGCUUUCAUGGCUCCUUCCAUCUUUUGAGCCAUGGUGGGAGCUGCCCGGUCCCGGCAGGCAUACAGCUUGACCGACAUCACCCCCGCCCGGACCAUUUGGGUCUACCGGAAUGGGGACCCCUUCUACACGGGUCGGAAGUUUGUCAUCAACCAUCGCUACGUGCCCAACUUCGAGGCCUUCAUGAUCCAGCUGAACGAAGGGGUGCCCACGCCCUUCGGGGUGAGGAACAUCUACACCCCUCGGCAAGGGCAUUCGGUCACCGACCUGCCCGACUUUCAACAGGGAGGCAGAUACGUGGUGGCAGGCCGGGAAAGGUUUAAGAAACUGAAUUAUUUUAAUAUAGGGGUAAAGAAACCAUACAGAAAGAAGGAGGAAGUAAUUCGACCAGUAGUCCACAGUAAUAUACAAGUACCUUCCAAAUGGCAUUCGAUCUAUAAUAAGCCACGAAAUAUUAAUGUUUUCACAAAUGGAGAUAUGUUGAUACCACCUAUUAAAAUUCUCAUACCCAAGUUUACACUGAAAAGUUGGAAUGGUGUCCUUGGACUGGUAAAUGAAAAAGUAUUUCCUCACUCUGGAGCUGUUCAUAGGUUGUAUACUUUAAAUGGCCACUUUGUACAUGGUCCUGAUGAUUUAGAAGAUAACCAGUUUUAUGUUGGAUGUGGUAAAGAGAAAUUUAAACACUUACCAUACUGGCAGCAUGCUAAAGUUCCAGAAUACAUUCGGCGGAAUUUUUCUAACUCUCUUGGACCUCCAGAAAAGCCCCAUUCAAAAAAGCCCCUCAUAGAACCAUCUAAGAAAGAAGGCAGUGCUCGCCCGCCCAUUCAGCCUUUGAAAGGAGAAGGAGAAGGAGAUAGGCCUUCAGUAUAUCAUGCAAAACCUGAGAAGGCAAGUCGUGAAAAGGCUCCUAGACUGCUGUCAUCUGAUAAUGAAUCUAGUGUCUAUAAAGCUCAGCAGUCCCCCAAAGAAAUUGAAGGGGCUCAACAGAUACAAGAUGACAAAAAUAUACAAGUGGAAGUACCUCUGGACCAGGUUCCAGCUGAGGUUGUCCAAGAAGAGACAUUUAUUCAAAUGUGA